UUAUAUAAUAAAAGGGAGAAAAUUCAGGUACAACAAUAGAGAAUGGUCGUUGCGAUCAAAACUCAAGAAUAGAGGGAGCAAUCAGCAAAACGAAAAGCCACAAUUUAGAAGUUCAAAGUUCAAUUCAAUCGAAUCGAAUCGAAUCGUCUUUCUCACAAUUCUACUGCUAAUUCCCAAACCCAGAAGGUAACUCCCAAUCUUCUCUUCAUUCAAAUCAUGGAUGCCAUCAGAAAGCAGGCUACGAAGCUAAGAGACCAGGUCGCUAAGCAACAGCAGGCCGUCUUCAAACAAUUUGCUGGUGGUAUAUAUGGAGGUUCAGAUAAUGUUGGCGCUGAUGGAACUGAACUCCACCAACAUCAGAAACUGGAGAGGCUCUACAUUUCAACUCGUGCUGGAAAGCAUUAUCAAAGGGAUAUCGUUCGUGGUGUUGAAGGUUAUAUUGUUACUGGAUCCAAGCAAGUUGAAAUAGGUACCAAGUUGUCAGAAGACAGUAGGAAAUAUGGUACUGAAAAUACUUGUACCAGUGGUAAUACCCUAUCCAAAGCAGCCCAGAGUUUUGGAAGAGCUCGUGCUCAAAUGGAAAAAGAGCAUGGAAUUCUUCUGAAAGCACUUGGCACGCAGGUAGCGGAACCUUUAAGAGCAAUGGUUGUUGGAGCUCCUUUGGAAGAUGCUCGACAUCUUGCUCAACGAUAUGAUAGAAUGCGACAAGAAGCCGAAGCUCAGGCUAUUGAUGUAUCCAGACGCCAAGCAAAGUUACGAGAAUCCACAAGCAGUCCUGAUUUUAUUAUGAAGCUUGAAGCUGCGGAAAGCAAGCUUCAGGAGCUAAAGUCCAAUGUGGCAACAAUGGGGAAAGAAGCUGCUGCGGCAAUGGCUGCAGUUGAAGGGCAACAACAGAGGUUGACUCUUCAGCGACUUCUUGCCAUGGUUGAAGCUGAGCGCAACUAUCAUCAAAGGAUCCUUCAGAUUCUUGAUCAGCUUGAAGGAGAGAUGUCAUCAGAUCGUCAACAGAUCGAAGCACCUUCUACUCCAACUGCAGAGAACAGUAUGCCUCCACCACCAUCAUAUGAAGACGUCAGUGGUGUCUUUGCUUCAGAAACCUAUGAUGGAUCAACUGAGGGUGCAGAUUAUUUCUUGGGGGAGGUAAUGCAUUCAUUUAAUGCUGUCACCGACGUGGAGUUAAGUCUGUCUAUCGGCGAUUACGUUGUUGUCCGCAAGGUCUCAAGCAGUGGCUGGGCCGAAGGCGAAUGCAAGGGGAAAGCAGGUUGGUUCCCGUUUAAUUAUGUUGAACGGCGAGAACACGUGCUUGCAAGUAAGGUGUCUGAGGCCUUUUAAAUUACUCGGCAGUGUAUGGCUUUCUUUACUUUCAACUGCUGCGAAAUUUGGUUCUACUAGCCAUUGUAAAUCAACCCAAAGUUGUUUGUAUCGGCUUUAUCACACUCAUUAAUACAUAUUUUUUCCUCUCAUACUUGGACGGCAAUUACUGUAAUUUUCUCAACCAUGUUUGCAUUAAUAUGAGAACCAAAACAUGUAGGGUUGUUGAGUAUUUUUGUCCACUCCGUAUUUUUAUAUUUUUGAGUAAAAUUUCCCGUCUGGACCAGAACGGCUUUUUUAUUUUUAUUUUUAUGGAUUCGUGUUUUGAUACCGAUCUUAUUAAAUUGUAUGACUCGUGCAUUGCUUGCGAAAAAGUUGUAUUAACAUUA